UCUGCAUUCUUAGCAGGAUGCCCAAUUUGAAGAUCUUUCACGAAAAACUGUCAACAAAACUGCGAUGCUCGGAAAGAGUGGGCGACGUUGGAGAUUGGCUAAAUAAUACUGGGAGAAGAAGCAAGAAAUUAGAACCCAUUCAUCCUAGAUUUGACCUUUUCUCAUAGGACUCUUACCAAUGGCAUCACAAGCUGGGGACUAUCAUGUUGGCUGGAAGACCAAUGUCUCUAAAGCGCCAAGGAAAGAAGUGCUUGGUGAUUUGUCAAAUUCACUGAAGCCUUCGCUGAAUCGGGCAUCAAAGAAGCAGAACUCUAGCAUUUUCUCCUUGUCUGAGAAAGAGACUGGUGCCUUUCAAAAUGCACUUGACGUCCCCAAGCAGAAGAGUACAUCUAAAGCCUCAGGGAAAGUGCAAACCAGUGGCAGGAAGGCGCUUUCUGACAUUUCAAAUUCUGGGAAGCCAAACCGGAAUGAGGAAUCAAAGAACUGCAAUGCAAAGUUAAGUGUUGUGGCAGAGGAGUCAAUCGAUGCCAAUGCAAUUGCAGAGGAAACGUUUCUGCACAAUCAUCAAGAAUGUAUCAAAGCACAAGCAAGAUCUAUGGGCUUGGAUCAAUUUCUAGAGACAAUUGGACUCGACAAUGUUUUUUCCAAACGGCAGGCAAAUCAUAUGUCAAUUAAGUUUAUGUUUCAGGCUCAGAGUCCCCAAAGGCACUUGAAAAUGGAAGAGAUGAAGGAGCAGCUGUUUGAAGAUGGAUCCUGGAUACACAAUAUGUCUAGCAAACUUGAUUCUCCGCCUGCUUGCAGUACUCCAAAAUCGGCAAGGCAUUAUAUGCGUCUUGACUACAACUUCAAGUUGUUAGAAUCCCCAUAAAGGCGUAGAUGCCAAAGCAUUGACUUCCUUAUCAUCAAUGCUAGUCUGGAUAGGUGGUAAUUUUGCUGAAGUUAUGUGAUGUCAAUUUUUUUUUCUUUUGCAUUCUCCUUUUGGAAUGGGGAGAAAAUAUGCCUGACAAGGGCGGUAUACUAUUGUAGAAUAUUGCAGCGGUAGCGUGAGAGAAUUCUUUGGAGUUAAAACAA